AUGGUAUUACCAUGGUGCAAAGGUUGCGGUACCAAACAAUUCCUGCAAGGAGUGUCAAUUGUCGGUGCAGUUAUUAUGCCUCAUAAUUUCUAUCUACAUUCAGCACUUGUUAAGAGCCGUAAAGUCGAUAGAAGUCGGGAAGAACGAGUAAAAGAAGCGAAUAUGUAUUAUUUUAUUGAAUCUUUCUUUGCAUUGUUCUGCUCAUUUUGGAUUAAUACGCUUGUUGUUGCGGUCUUUGCAGAAGGAUUUUAUGGAAAGACUAAUGCUGAUGUGGUGAGUGACAUAUAA